AAACAUGUCAGAAAUUGUCAAAAAUAAAAAAAAGAUGCAUGAAGCGCUAUUGAAAUCACUCAGGUGUUGUUUCCGAACGCCACUUUGCGCAACUUAACCUCUAUAAACACGUGUGGUCGCGUGGUAUUUACUCUCGUGUGAAAUUGAAAUUCCAGCCUAACACAUAAAUUAAAGUAUUUUUUCACGCACGUUUAUAAUUAUAUUAUGAUAUUAUGGCUCGAAAUGCAAGCGAGAUAAACGAAAACAUAGAAAUUAAACUUUUACUUAAUUUCUCUACAAAUAAAGUUUCAGAUUUGCCACAUAAUGUGCAUAACAUAUUAAAUGGCCAAUAUAAAGAUGUAAUAAAUAAUGAACUUUCUACAUUUAUUGAAGCAGUAAAGAAUGGUGAUAGCUUAGAAGAUAUUAUACACAACAGUUUAUCUGAAACUCAUGCACAUUUGUCAUGGAUGUGUGCAGGAGUAGCUUCAUUGUUAUACUUUGUCCAAUGCAAUUGGACAGGUCCUCGUAUCGAUAAUGAUAUCGAUUGGUUAAAAAUCAGAAAAGACGAGGCACUCAAAUAUUUGUCCUUGCACGACGGAUGUAACAUAAAUAUACAAAGACCAGAGCUUCUUUAUCUGUCUAAGAAAAUCUUUUCUAACGUGGAUCUACAGCUUAAAUGUAGAAGUUGCAUUUGGUGGCUAUUUAGAGCUAGUCUGUUGCAUCAGCAUGCGUUAGAUGAGGACUCAGGAGUGCUAUUUGAAGAAAUGGAGAAUCUAAUAAUGGAAAUUGAUAAACUGAGUAUAUUAGAGGAUUCUCUUUGCAAGCUCUUGUUUAAUCUAGAAGCUGCUAGGUUUUAUUUGCAUUAUAGAAGAACACAAAAUUCUGAGAAACAUCUUGAAUAUGCAGAAAGUGUAGCAGGCUUAAAAUUAAACUUAGAAGGUGCAAUGGGGAAACGUACUAAAUAUCAACAAGAGGAAAAAGCACAGUUGUAUCUGAAAAUAGAGAGCAAGGAUAUUUUUCCUUCGAUAGAUUGCAUGGAUGCACCAAAAUCUUUGAACUUAAAUGAUGAAUUGAGAUUAGAACACAUUGAAUUUUCAGAGCACAAAGAAGAGACUAAAUUGGGUAUGGUAGAGGAAGCAAUAAUUUUAGCAAAGUAUGUUCAGUUGCAGCUGUGUCAACCUAAGCACAAACUCACUGACGAGGAAGUUAGACCAUACCUGACUAAAGUUGUAGAGAGUACAAAAAAUUGGUCGUUAAAGAUGACUUCUUUGUGCUAUCGUUGCUCGAUGGAAUCUGACGAUAAAAGAACAGUCGAACGAUCUAUGAUGCAGGCGGAGUCUCUACUGAAAGAUUUCAAUGAUGCGAAAGCACCAAUAGCCAGAAGGAUGGAUUUAUUUUUCGCGAGUGGUAUGAGACCCAUUUGGAUAUUGGAAGAGAAAUGGGCUAAUAUAAUGGUCAGUCUUGGUUUGGUCAAGGGAGCUUUGGAAGUUUUUAUAAAACUAGGAUUAUGGGAGGACGUGAUUGCUUGUUACAACAUAUUAAAUUUGAAACACAAGGCAGCUGAGAUUAUUAAUCAAGAAAUAUCUAAAAAACCAACGGUGAAAUUGUGGUGUCUAUUAGGAGAUGCAACUGGAGAUGUGAGUCAUUAUGAAAUGGCAUGGAAAUUAUCCGAGGAAAAAAGUAGUAGAGUACAAAAACACUGGGGAUUCUAUUAUUUUGCAAAGAAAGAUUAUGCCGAGGCUGUACCACAUUUAAAGCUAUCGGUCGAAUUAAAUAAUAUUCAAGAACUCAUAUGGUUUAGACUGGGCUAUGCAGCAUUGCAAGUAGAAGACUGGAAGUUAGCUGCAACGGCAUAUAGACAUUACUGUGCUUUAGAACAAUCUACUUUUGAAGCAUGGAACAAUUUGGCAAAAGCGUACAUAAAAUUGGGAGAUAAACCAAGAGCUUGGAAAUCUUUACAAGAUGCCAUAAAAUGUAACUAUGAUCGUUGGGAAGUGUGGGACAAUUUAAUGGUCGUAAGCAUCGAUUUGGGACAUUUUUCAGAAGUUAUUCGAUGCUACCAUCGUAUUUUGGAUUUGAAAAAUAGUCAUUCGGAUGUCCAAGUUCUCCAAAUAUUAACAAAUGCCAUAAUAAAUAAUAUUAAUGACGCGGACGGGAAUCCAGCAUCCCGUUUGCUUCAAAAUACGUUGGAAUUAUUUGGAAGAAUCUCUUCUAAUGUAGAUAAUAAUCCAGAUAUUUGGAGAAUGUAUGCUGAACUUGUCGUAUUGAGAAAAACGGACGUUGAUGAAGAGAGAGCGGCACAGUAUUUGCAAAAAGCGUAUCGUUUUAUCACUUCAAAUCCAAAAUGGUGUCGCAGCGAGGAUACAGCUCUAAAAGUACUGGAAUUAUGUUGCAAUUUAGCGCAAACGUAUUUACGUUGCACUACCAAUAUCACGGCCAUUAAGAAAAGGAAGAUGCUAGGAAGUGCUAAAUUAUCGCUUCAAGGAGUUGUGAAAAAGAUUAAAGAACAAGAAUGGAAUAAUACGAAUUUCAUCGAACAAUCGACGAAAGUUGAAGAUUACUUAGUGACUAUAACAAAUGAAUUAGAACAAAUAAAGCCUGUAUAACAAGGUACUGCAUGUAUUAAUAUAUUUUUCUAAUAUACGAAGAAUUCUUCCUCUCCAGAAAUUUAUGAAAUUAAUGAUAUUAUUGAUCUUAAUAUAUAAAGUAGUUUUGUAAGAAACAAUAAAUACAUUUUAUUAGGUUGACAAAAAUCAUAUUCUUCCUCUGUGUAAAUAAAAGGCAUUUUUUUUA